AUGUCAGGGGAUGAGGAGUUCUAUCUGUUCAAAAACAUCUCCUCAGUGGGACCUUGGGAUGGUCCUCAGUAUCACAUCGCUCCUGCCUGGGCCUUCCACUUCCAGACGGUUUUCAUGGGCUUUGUCUUCUGUGCAGGGACACCACUCAAUGCUGUGGUGCUUGUUGCUACACUUCGCUAUAAGAAACUGCGUCAGCCACUCAACUACAUCUUGGUUAAUGUCUCCUUGUGUGGUUUCAUCUUCUGUAUCUUCGCUGUCUUCACUGUCUUCAUCUCUAGCUCCCAAGGCUACUUCAUCUUUGGCCGCCAUGUUUGUGCUAUGGAGGCCUUCCUGGGCUCUGUGGCAGGUUUGGUGACUGGCUGGUCAUUGGCCUUCCUUGCCUUUGAGCGCUUCAUUGUCAUCUGUAAGCCUUUUGGAAAUUUCCGAUUUAACUCCAAGCAUGCGAUGAUGGUGGUCCUGGCUACUUGGGUCAUUGGCAUUGGCGUUUCCAUUCCACCCUUCUUUGGUUGGAGCCGGUUCAUUCCUGAGGGUCUACAGUGCUCAUGUGGCCCUGACUGGUACACAGUUGGCACAAAAUACCGCAGUGAAUACUACACGUGGUUUCUCUUCAUUUUCUGUUUCAUCAUGCCCCUGUUCCUCAUCUGCUUCUCCUACUCCCAGCUGCUGCGGGCCCUCAGAGCUGUUGCAGCCCAGCAACAAGAGUCAGCUACAACACAGAAGGCAGAGCGGGAGGUGAGCCGCAUGGUGGUGAUGAUGGUGGGCUCCUUCUGUCUUUGCUAUGUGCCCUACGCAGCCCUGGCCAUGUACAUGGUCAAUAAUCGGAACCACGGACUGGACCUACGGCUUGUCACUAUCCCUGCCUUCUUCUCUAAGAGCGCCUGUGUCUACAACCCCAUCAUCUAUUGCUUCAUGAACAAGCAGUUCCACGCCUGCAUCAUGGAGAUGGUAUGUAGAAAGCCGAUGACAGAUGACUCCGACGUAUCCAGCUCUCAGAAAACUGAAGUCUCUGCUGUUUCCUCCAGCCAAGUUGGCCCUACUUAAGG